AUGAAUACUCCUUGGAUAGAAAAAUAUCGUCCAAAAACUCUUGAUGAUGUUGUUGGUAAUCCAGAAAUUAUUAAACGUUUAAAAGAAUUUUCAAAAACUGGGAAUAUACCCAAUUUAAUUAUUUCGGGACCUCCAGGUUGUGGGAAAACUACAAGUAUUUGGGCGUUGGCUAGAGAUAUGCUUGGAGAUAAAGUAAAGGAUGCUUGUCUUGAAUUAAAUGCUAGUGAUGAACGAGGUAUUGAUGUAGUUAGAGAACGAAUAAAACGUUUUGCUUCAACAAAAGUAACUUUGCCUGAUAAUAUUCAAAAAAUUGUUAUUUUGGAUGAAGCUGAUAGUAUGACUGAAGGAGCACAACAAGCAUUACGUAGAAUUAUGGAGUUCAACCACAAGAUUUGCAUUUGCCUGUAA